ACCAGAAAGACUUCCAAGGUCUCAACAACAACUUCCAGCGGGACUCCCGAAUCUGAACUCCUCUCGAUCCUCGCAACCACAGUUGGAUCCUCCCUCUCGACGGUCGAAAACUCAUCGACUGCCAGCAGACAUGGCGGGCGACUUUAGACUCUCCGCCACGUUGAAAGGCCACGAAGAAGAUGUCCGAGCCAUCGUCUUCCCCACCAAACAACAUCUCUUCUCCGCCUCACGAGACAACACCGCCCGACAAUGGAGCUUGCAGUCUUCACAACCUCCCGCAUACGAUGACACGAUCGCUAUCCGAGGACAGAACUGGUUCAAUGGCUUAGCAUAUAGUCCACCAACGAAAGAGCAUCCACAAGGCCUGAUCGCAACUGGUGGAAGGGAGACUUUUGUGUACGUGAAAGAGGUUGGAGCUUCGCCGGAUGCGGAUCCCUAUCGACUGCUUAUUGGGCACGCUGGGAACAUCUCAUGUAUGGCCUUCAGCGAGGACGGCAAUAAAAUCAUCAGUGGAGCAUGGGACAGCCAGGUCUUUGUAUGGGACAUAGAAACAGGCGCUGUGACGGCAGAGCUCUCUGGACAUCAAGGACCGGUCUGGGGGAUUAUGGUGUACGAUUCCAAGUUGGUUGUAACCGCAUGCGCCGACAAGAUGAUUCGCAUUUUUGACAUCAGCGGAAAGGCCCUCCACACGAUCGAAGGCCAUACAGAUGUCGUGCGAUCAUUCUGCAAACUCCCAUCCAGCCAUUGGUCGGGCGCAGCGUUUGCAUCGGCCGGUAAUGACGAGGUGAUUCGUCUGUGGACGCUCGAAGGUCUCCAGGUUGCGGCACUGGAAGGACACACGGCCUACAUCUACGACCUUGCAAUCCUUCCGAACGGAGAUAUCGCCAGCUCUUCGGAGGACCGGACAGUAAGAUUAUGGAGAGAUGGCCAAUGCAUACAGACAAUCACGCAUCCUGCGAUCAGUAUAUGGACCGUUGCGGCGUGUCCGGAGACCGGAGACAUUGCGAGUGGAGCCAGCGACAAGACGAUUCGUGUAUUUUCAAGAGAUCCUGAACGGCAGGCGGAUGCUGAGACCGUGGCAUCAUUCGAAGAGAGCAAUCGCAUGUAUGCAAUUCCCGCCGAGACAGCGAGUCAAGGCCAGCCUUUCCAGAAGGAGAAUCUUCCAGGCCCAGAGGCGCUCCAAAUACAGGUUGGCCAACGCGAUGGACAACAACUUUUCGUUCGCGAGAACGACGGCAGUGUCACAGCACAUCUGUGGGCUGCAUCGACUGCUCAGUGGAAUUUGAUCGGUACCGUCGUGGAAGGCGAAGGCACUGGCGCCAGCAAGAAACUCCACGAGGGCAAAGAGUACGACUACGUCUUCGAUAUCGACAUCGAGGACGGAAAGCCUCCUCUCAAGCUUCCCUACAACCUGACCGAGAGCUCCUGGGAUGCUGCUCGGAGAUUUUUGGAGAGAAACGAACUUCCACUGUCCUACUAUGAGCAAGUGGCAAAUUGGAUCACGGAAAAUACUCAAGGAGCGCGGCUGGGGCAAGGCUCCAGUCAGGCGGAUCAAAACGCACCUCCGCAAGCACAGGACCCUUGGGGAAGCGACCGGAGAUAUCGCCCUGGAGAUGCGCCUUCCUCCUACGCACCUCGCAAGCUGCCACAGCGAAGCUAUAUCGGCAUCGUGGAGGGGAAUCCCACGAACGCAAUUAACAUCAUCUCACAAAAGUCGGAAUCUGGCGAACUAUCACCGGAACAAAGCCUGUCGUCGGACGACUUGGCCGCUCUCAAACAGCUGCCAACUCAAUUACAGAACAAGCAAGACCCGAAACCUACACGAGACCAGAUCAACGCCCUUCUCAAAGUCGCAUCACAAGGUCCGGUCAAGAGCAGAGUUCCCGCUGUUGGUGUCCUUGCCGUGUUGGCCGUCUCGCCCGACUUUGCGGGUGCGACGUCUGCGGCUGGCAAAACCAUCGUCGACAUUAUUGCGGCAGCAGGACUUCUCGAGCCUCGCCAAGAAACGCCCAAUAACGUCGUCCACACCAUCCGCCUUCUCGUAAACCUCUUCAAAAACGCACCUGGCACAAAGACCGUCCACGAAAACUUUGAGCAAGUUCUUCGACUCGUCCGACCAUUCGCAUCCGAACCCGAGUCUCCGGCUCAAGCCAAAGCACUCGCCACACUCUACCUCAACUACUCCGUCCUCCUCACAUCGACCGCGCUUGCCACCGACCGCGAGGCUCGCGCCAAAGUCCUCGUCACUGACAUUGCUAUCAUGCUAGAGAGCGACAGUCCUCACGCAGCGGAUGUCGACGCUGUGUUUCGGACAUUGUCCGCAUUGGGCACUCUCUUGUCGGUCAGUGAUGCGUUCAAGCAGUCACUCAAGGGUGGAAUCUCGGGGACUCUACACUUCGCAAGCGCGAAGCCGGAGGCCCAAUUGCCAAAUACGAAGGAGGUGAUUCAGGAGAUUCGAGAUCAGCUAAGAUGAUCGGCAGCAUACGUUCGGAUGGUUGGCAUUGCAUUGCAUCGCGUAGAUAGCACACGACAACAUACAGAGCAUAUGAAGAUCUAAUGCUUGUCGUGGUAGACAACGAAGGCUUUGCCACAGGCUAUGACUGCG